GCGGGCAGUUUCUUGCAAACCCGGAAGCAGAUCUCUUGGAGUGAAGGCUGUUCGUCGCCGCGUGAGUUUCCCUCUAUCUAGAUUAAACCUGCGUUUCGGAGUCCCCUGCUCCUCCGUACCCGAUGUCCGGGGGUUCCUAUAGCCCUUACAGUCCCCGCACGGCUCCCUCCAUUCCAUGUAAAUUCAGACGUUGCCGCGAGACUCUGGGGGUCGCAUCGCUUUGGGUUAAAAUCACACAGGCUGGUCCUGCCCGCGGUCUUUCGGCCUUCAGACCAUGCAGACACCUCCUUUCCUGCGCCGUUUCCUGCUUAAAACCCUUUACUGACCUGCGCCCUGUGAAGUCCUCAUCUGCGAAGUGGGUGCAGGAUUUUACCGUCCCCUAACCUCGCCCUAGUCGGUUACUGGAGCGUAGCGCCGCAGCCCCAGUCCCGGGGAGGCCGCGCCUCUGCCUGGUCCUGGGAUCCUGCAAACCCCACUCCUCUCCUAAGGCGCCGUCGCCCCUCACCUCUCUCCUCCUCGAGCGGGGCCCUGCUGCUCCCUAGGCCUCCCCUUCGCAGUCACCGUUUCCCCUGAGCCCGCGUUGGGGAGGUGCCCGGGGCUUGUCCUGUGAUACCCGGUGUUCUUGCCUGCCCAGCUCCACCCGCUGGAAAAUGUGCUCCUCCAGGAUCCAGGUGUCUUACUCCAAACCCUCCCUGUGAAUGUGUGGGCCAAGGGGAUCAGGAGACAGAGAGAGGGGCUGAGAGAAAAGUAGAAAAACGGAGACAGAGGAAAGAAUGAGGGAAACCAAUAAACAUGGCAAAGUAGAGGAUGGGUCAGGAUUUGCAAAGAGACAGUAAGGGCGAAAGAGGUCGCUGAGAAAGUAACAGGAUGGAGAAACAACUGGAGAAAUGUAGAGAAAAGCUCGAUGUCUAGAGAGAUGAAGGACAGCAAGGUAGGGAGAGGGCAGCUCCUCAGACAGAGAGUGCGGGAGAGGAGGGGGUAUUUGGAGCGAGGACAGACAGAGCAGCGUGGUGCUGGGACAGCAAGAAGGGGCAGCCGGUGACAAGGAGAGCAGAGGGAGAACCACAGCAGGGGGAGACCUGGGAUCUGGGGGUGCCAAAGAGUGGGGACAAGGAAGUGAAACAGGGAAGAGGGGAUUUAACAGGGAGAGCGGAGAUAAGGGAAGAAGGGAUUUAACAGGGAGAGCAGACAUAAGGGAAGAAAGAGGCAGAAAUAUAUGGAGAUUGGGGACAACCAAAAGACUGGGGUGAAAGAGGAAUAAGAGGUGAAACAAGUUGCAAGAAUGGAGCAGAACAAGUGGAAGAGAAGGAAUAGAGGGAAGGAGGACAGCAGGAGAGGAGAGGGGCUCAAAAUGAGGAGCAGAGACCCAGGCUGAAACACAGAAAAGAAAAAAGGAGAGAAGAGAAUGAGAGAGAUGUACAGAAUGAGGGAGGGAAACACACAGGAAGGAAGAAAGAGGGGGACUAUGGCCCAGAUGCAUGGUGGUUUCAUUGGAUAUGGAUAAUUACAUUGUGAUAUAUUGAUUUCUGUAUCCAUAAUCUAACAAUUUUUUUUUUCUUAAGACAGAAUCUCACUCUAUUUCCCAGACUGGCGUGCAAUGGCACGAUCUCGACUCACUGUAACUCCGCCUCCUGUGUUCAAGCGAUUCUCCUGCCUCAGCCUCCCGAGUAGCUGGGAUUACAGGCAUGCACCACCACACCUGGCUAACUUUUGUGUUUUUAGUAGAGACGGGGUUUCACUAUGUUGACCAGGCUAGUCUCGAACUCCUGACCUCAGGUGAUCCACCGACCUCAGCUUCCCAAAGUGCUGGGAUUACAGGCAUGAGCCACUGUGCCCAGCCCCUAAUAAUCUAACAAAUUUUAUAUGUAUAUAUUUUGUUUCUGUUAUGGAGAUGCUGGUGAGAAUCACAAAAGUUUUGUCUAUAAGACAUGUGCAUUUUAUAAUUCCUGGCAUCAGAGUUUAGCUUCUAUUUGCAAUCUCUGUUCUACCAGAGGGCAGUGACUUGACUCAUUCAGUUAUGGUCACCCUCUUUCCUUUUCCUAGGAUGGGGCAAUGUGUAGGCAAGUGUAUGAGUGAGGAGGAAAAACCAAAGUGUUUUUCCCACUCUCAUAAUCAAGUAAUGAACGCUCAACAAAGAAUGCAUCGCCUCUCAUCACCAAAAUGUGUGGGGUGGGGAUUUCUCCUCACCAACACCAACUCCUCAACAAACACUACCUGACUGUCCAAUAAUUUAAUUCAAUUCGGACACUGUCUACCCGGAGUUAGCAUUAGAUCCCACUAGUUGAGGGUUCCCACUUCAGAUACCAGCCCCAAGUCCCAGAUUCUGAGCUUUCGGAUCCAUUGAGUAUAAAUUUGGGAUUCUCCUCAUCCCUUCCUGAGGUGCUAUUAAUUUGCCAGAGCAGCUCAUAGAACUCAGGGAAACAUUUUCCUUGGUUUACCCAAUUGUUUUUUGUUUGUUGGUCUGUUUUUGAGAUGGAGUCUUGCUCUGUCACCCAGGCUGGAGUGCAAUGGCACGAUCUUGGCUCACUGCAACCUCCGCUUCCCGGGAUCAAGCAAUUCUCCUGCCUCAGCCUCCCAAAUAGCUGGGAUUACAGGCGUCCACCACCAUACCCAGAUAAUUUUUGUAUUUUUAGUAGAGAAGGGGGUUCACCAUGUUGGCCAGGCUGGUCUUGAACUCCUGAUCUCAGGUAACCCACCCACCUUGGCCUCCCAAAGUGCUGGGAUUACAGGCCUGAGCUACCGCACCCGGCCUACCUAAUUGUUAUAAAGGAUACUAUGAAGCAUACAGAUGAAUGGUUUUAGCAAGUUAAUUGAAUCCAAGGAAGGGGUUAAGAGAAUCACAGUAUUUAUCUGGUGAGAAUGUAGCCAACAGCUACUAGUAGCAUGUAUUACACUGAGAUCUUCACCUGGGAGAACUGACCGUGUCAGAGUGGAGUGAAAUUGUAGGACCCACCACUGGGAGUGCACUGCAGAACUGGUCAUUGUGGGAAAAACUACACACAUUUUGGUGACUACAGCUGAAGUAUUCUGGGUUGAGUGUGACAAUAGUAUGAACAGUUUAAUUUUUUCCUGUCUCAAACAGUAAAGGGAAGAGCUCUCCAACAGGCCCACCCACCUGUCUUAAGGCCUGCGAUCUCAACUCAGGAGGUACUGGGAAUGGUCUGUCCCUGCUCCGGGCUGUUGCUGGCUGUGGGCGGCAAGCCACCCAGGCGCCAAGGCAAGAGACAGAGAACACGAGCUGUUCCAGUAUAAUAAAAUAUAAAACAAGAAUAGUUAUACCAGAUAUAGAUCUUAGAUAUGAUUAUAUAUGAAUAUCAUUAAUAAUUAGUUUGUAGCAAUUACUUUUUAUUCCAAUAUUAUAAUAAUCCUCACUCUAUAAUCAUAGCCUAGGAAAAACCAGCCAUACAGAGAUAGGAGCUGAGGGGACAUAGUGAGGUGUGACCAGAAGACGAGUGCGAGCCUUCUGUUAUGCCUGGACAGGGCCACCAGAGGGCUCCUUGGUCUAGCGGUGAUGCCAGCGUCUGGGAAGACACCCGUUGCCAGGUGGACCGUGGUCUAGCGGUAGCGUAAAACCCUGGAAGAAGAGGAAGAGGAAAGCAAAGGAGUCAGGGAUGGCUCUUCCUCAGGGACAGUUGACAUUCAAGGAUGUGGCCAUAGAAUUCUCUCAGGAGGAGUGGACAUGCCUGGACCCUGCUCAGAAGACUUUGUACAGGGACGUCAUGUUGGAGAAUUAUAGGAACCUGGUCUCCCUGGAUAUCUCUUGUAAAUGUGUAAACACGGAUUUGCCACCAAAGGGGAAGAAUGAUAUGGGAGAAGCGUUCUACACGGUGAAGUUGGAGAGACUUGAAAGCUGUGACACUGCAGGCUUGUCCUUCCAGGAAGUUCAGAAAAAUACAUAUGACUUUGAGUGUCAGUGGAAAGAUGACGAAGGAAAUUAUAAAAGAGUACUUAUGUUGCAAAAAGAAAAUCUCCCUGGUAGAAGAGAUCAACGUGAUAGAAGGGCUGCAGGAAACAGGCAUAUUGAAAAUCAGCUUGCAGUAAGCUUUCAAUCACAUCUCCCUGAACUGCAGCAGUUUCAAGGUGAAGGGAAAAUUUAUGAAUACAAUCAAGUUGAGAAGUCUCUUAAUAAUCGAGGAAAACAUUAUAAAUGUGGUGAAUGUGGUAAGGUCUUCAAUCAAAACUCACGGCUAACAAGUCAUAAGAGAAUUCAUACUGGAGAGAAGCCUUACCAGUGUAAUGAGUGUGGCAAAGCCUUUACUGUUCGUUCAAACCUAACAAUCCAUCGGGUCAUCCAUACUGGAGAAAAACCUUACAAAUGUAAUGAAUGUGGAAAGGUCUUCAGUCAACCUUCAAACCUUGCAGGUCAUCAGAGAAUUCAUACUGGAGAGAAACCUUACAAGUGUAAUGAGUGUGGCAAAGCCUUUAGAGCACAUUCAAAACUAACUACACAUCAGGUCAUCCAUACUGGAGAAAAACCUUACAAAUGUAAGGAAUGUGGCAAGUGCUUCACUCAAAAUUCACACCUUGCAAGUCAUCGAAGAAUUCAUACUGGGGAGAAGCCUUACAAGUGUAAUGAGUGUGGCAAAGCCUUUAGUGUUCGUUCAAGCCUGACUACCCAUCAGACAAUCCACACUGGAGAAAAACCUUACAAAUGUAAUGAAUGUGGCAAGGUCUUCAGGCACAAUUCAUACCUUGCAAAGCAUCGGCGAAUUCAUACUGGUGAGAAACCUUACAAGUGUAAUGAGUGUGGGAAAGCCUUCAGUAUGCAUUCAAACUUAACUAAGCAUCAGAUCAUCCAUACCGGAGAAAAACCUUUCAAAUGUAAUGAAUGCGUCAAGGUUUUCACUCAGUAUUCACACUUAGCAAAUCAUCGAAGAAUUCAUACUGGAGAGAAACCUUACAGGUGUGAUGAGUGUGGCAAAGCCUUUAGUGUGCGAUCAAGCCUAACUACCCAUCAGGUAAUUCAUACUGGAGAAAAGCCUUACAAAUGUAAUGACUGCGGUAAGGUCUUCACACAAAAUUCACACCUUGCAAGUCAUCAGGGAAUUCAUUCUGGAGAGAAACCUUACAAGUGUGAUGAAUGUGGUAAAGCCUUCAGUCAAACAUCACAACUUGCAAGGCAUUGGAGAGUUCAUACUGGAGAAAAACCUUACAAGUGUAAUGAGUGUGGCAAAGCCUUUAGUGUUCAUUCAAGCCUAACUAUACAUCAGACAAUACAUACUGGACAAAAACCAUACAAAUGUAAUGAUUGCGGCAAGGUCUUCAGACACAAUUCGUACCUUGCAAUUCAUCAGAGAAUUCACACUGGUGAGAAACCUUAUAAGUGUAAUGAGUGCGGCAAAGCAUUUAGUGUACAUUCAAACCUAGCUACCCAUCAGGUCAUCCAUACUGGAGAAAAACCUUACAAAUGUAACGAAUGUGGCAAGGUCUUCACUCAAAAUUCACAUCUUGCAAAUCAUAGAAGAAUUCACACUGGAGAAAAACCUUAUAGGUGUAAUGAGUGUGGGAAAGCCUUUAGUGUUCGCUCAACCCUAACUACCCAUAUGGCAAUCCAUACUGGAGACAAACCUUACAAAUGUAACGAAUGUGGCAAGGUCUUUACUCAAAAUUCAAACCUUGCAAAACAUCGAAGAAUUCAUAGUGGAUAGAAACCUUACAAAGGACGCCGGGCGUGGUGGCUCACGCCUGUAAUCCCAGCACUUUGGGAGGCCGAGGCGGGGGGAUCACCUGAGGUCUCGAGUUCGAGACCAGGCUGGCCAACACAGUGAAACGCUGUCUUUACUAAAAAUACAAAAAUUAGCUGGGUGUGGUGGUGCACGCCUGUAAUCCCAGCUACUCGGGAGGCUGAGGCAGGAGAAUCACUUGAACCUGGGAGGCGGAGGUUGCAGUGAGCGAGAUCAUGCCAUUGCACUCCAGCCUGGGCAACAAGAGUGAAACUCCGUCUCCAAAAAAAAAAAAAAAAAAAAAAGUAACCUUACAAAGGAGUGCGGCCAGUUCUUCAGCCACAAAUUCUUUCACAACAUCAGAGAAUUCAUUCUUGAGACAAUUCUUACAAAUACAGUGUCUGUGGCAAACUUCUGAUGAGUUUAAGCAUUAACAGACAUCAGAGUUCAAAUCCUGUGAAUAUACUAUGUAUGACAGAAGCUUUAUCCAGGUCUCAGAGCUCAAUAGGCAUCAAAAGAUACAUCUUUGAUGAAAUCACACAAAUGUAACAUGCAUGCUGAGACUAUUACUCCUGGACUACAGCUGUAGGUGGGGAUUCAUAGGAAGAGUAGAACUCAUUCUCUAGUUUCCUCAUAACCCUCUGCUAUUAUAUACUUCAGCAUAAUCAGAAGUCCAAAUGUGUUAAAACUUAUUACAUGAUACAUAUCAAAGGUUGUAGGAUGUUUGGAAAUGGCCAAUUACUUUCAGCUUAUAAAAUGUUUUGUUGAAGUAUUUAAGAUUGAUUGAAAAGGCUACUAUUUAUAACUUCCAACCAGAACUUUGCAAUGUGCUGAUUUUAUGCAUGAUUAUACGCCUAACAUGGUGUUGUUCGGGAAAGAAUCAAAGAUGGAAGGGCUCACUCACUUCAUUAGGUGAGGAUUAUUUCUCUCCAAGCUCCUGAAGAAGAAAGACUCUGCCUUUUAAAAUUAAAUAUAGUCUGAAUUGGCACUUGGAAAGGGCAGAGGAUGAUGAACUAUGAUGUCACUCAUCAUCCUUAUUGCACUGCAGGUGCCCUUCUUCUGACAGAAGAGCACUGUGGGUAUGGAAAGAAAUUCUCUACUGGCCGGGCACAGUGGCUCAUGCCUGUAAUCCCAGCACUUUGGGAGGCCAAGGCGGGCGGAUCACCUGAGGUCAGGAGUUCGAGACCAGCCUGACCAACAUGGAGAAACCCCAUCUCUACUAAAAAUACAAAAGUAGCCAGGCAUGGUGGCGGGUGCCUGUAAUCCCAGCUACUCAGGAGGCUGAGGCAGGAGACUUGCUUGAACCCGGGAGGCGGAGGUUGUGGUGAGCCGAGAUCAUGCCACUGCACUCCAGUCUGGGCAAUAAGAGCAAAACUCUGACUCAAAAAAAGAAAGAAAGAAAUUCUCUACCAAUAGACCAUGAAAUAGAGCCAGGAAGACACUCGGAUUUUUAUUAGAGGAGAGUAAUAGCUUAUUACGGACUGAUGUGUGGUACAAAUAAUGCAGAAAAGUGGAGGCUACCUUCUCCAUCAAAUGCCAAUAGCUGUUGCAUAGCAAAGAUUGAUUUUUUUUUUUUUUUUGAGAUGGAGUCUUGUUCUUUUGCCCAGACUGGAGUGCAGUGACGCAAUCUCAGCUCACUGCAACCUCCGCCUCCUGGAUUUUAGCGAUUCUCCUGCCUCAGCCUCCCAAGUAGCUGGGAUUACAGACAUGCACCACCAUACCUGGCUAAUUUUUGUAUUUUUAGUAGAGACGGGGUUUCACUAUGUUUGCCAGGCUGGUCUCGAACUCCUGACCUCAUAAUCCACCCACCUUGGCCUGCCAAAGUGCUGGGAUUACGGGCUGGAGCCACCGUGCCCAGCCAGCCGAGCAUAGGAAGUUUAAUCAAAGUAACCAGAAUCCCAUGUUUCUUACUAGGAUUUACAUUAACUGCUGGAAUCACAUUUUAUUACUAUUUAAGAAUGCAUCAUAGAUUUAAUGUUUUAACUAAUAAAAUUUGAUGUAUUUUAUAAGUAUGAAUGAAUCAUUUCUUGCCAACAUAGUUUUAUCCUAUCUCAGUAGCAUACUUCAUAACAGAUAACAACAGUGCACCAUUAAGCUAUCGAAGGAUCUAGAACAAUGAUUUCCAUUGUUGGAUCAAACAACAUAUAAUUUUCAGAAGCUAAGUGUAUUUUGGUUUUUUUGUUUGUUUGAGAUGGAGUUUCAUUCUGUCACGCAGUCUGGAGUGCAGUGGCGUGAUCUCGGCUCACUGCAACCUCUGUCUCCCAGGUUCAAGCAAUUCUCCUGCCUCAGCCUCCCAAGUACCUGGGAUUAUAGGUGCCCGCUACCACGCCCGGCUAGUUUUUGUAUUUUUAGUAGAGACAGGGUUUCACUAUGUUGGCCAGGCUGGUCUUGAACUCCUGACCUCAAGUGAUCCACCUGCCUUGGCCCCCCAAAGCUCUGGGAUUACAGGCGUGAGCCACCAUGCCCAGCCCAGAAACUAAUUGUAUUUUGUACUUGAAUUAUUCUCUCCACACUCUGCCUUGGGAUACUUAUGUGGUAUAAUGAAAAUCCCACAGAAAGGAUAUUUCAGACUCUCACACCCUGAAGUCUGCAUUGCUCUUCAUGCAUAUGCACAGUAUUAUUAUAUUUUUGCAUGUCUCUUUCUUGCAUGCCAAAUAACACCUAUGGCAUUUAUCUUGAUGUACCUGAAGUGAAAAUACAAGUAUAGUAAAAAUAUGACAUAUUAGGAAACAAAAAAACUGUGGGGAAUAUGGAUAAAAACAACAACAUCUCUUUUUUACCCUUGGAAUGCUCAGUGGCAAUUGGAAAAAUUAAUAUAUAUAAAUUUUCUUUUAAGAAAGAACAUAACACAUUCAGAUUUUUUUUUUCCUGGCAGAUAAACGACAAAGUUUUUAUGUUCACCCUCAUAACAUUUUGAUCAUUUGAACUUGUGACCUCUCUACUGGAACUGUAUUGAACUUCACCUAAAGUUUGGUUGAGAAGUGUUAUGAGACUGUUUAUUACAUAAUGUGGGUUUCUGGGGAAAGCUGGGUAGACUUCCAAAGCUGGUCCAAAAAUGGCUUGAGAGCCCAGAUAAGCAACUUGCUUGGUGUGUUAUGGUUGAUAAGGUGUGGGGAUGGGUUAGAGGAAGCUUUGUGUAGUUUGAACAUCCAUCUAGUGACAAAGGAGGAAGCACUCAAGCAUGAUCAGUUUGACCAAAUGGGCAGAACAGGAAGUGCAGAGCUGUAAAAGCGUUAGUAGUACAACAUCACAAAAUGGAGACUGACGCUAGUACACUGAAUUAUUUACUCUGAAAACUUCUGAAUUCUUGGUUUGGGAAGACCCCAGUUUUCUUUUUUGUUUGUUUGUUUUGUUUUGUUUUUUGAGACGGAGGCUUGCUCUGUCACCUGGGCUGGAAUGCAGUGGCGUGAUCUCAGCUCACUGCAACCUCCACCUCCCAGGUUCAAGUGAUUCUCCUGCCUCAGCCUCCCAAGUAGCUGGGACUACAGGCAUGUGCCACCACGCCUGGCUAAUUUUUGUAUUUUUAGUAGAGACAGUUUCACCAUGUUGGCCAGGCUGGUCUCGAACUCGUGACCUCAAGUGAUCCACCCGCCUCUGCCUCCCAAAGUGCUGGGAUUACAGGUGUGAGCCACCACGCCCUGCCCUAGUUUUCUUGAUAGUAAUAUUCUACAUUUAUUUUUCGGCUGUACCCAUAGGACCCAUUAAAAAUAACACAACUGUUGAAAAUGUUUUUGAAAUCCUGUUUAGUUAUAAUGCCUAAGAUGUUUUUAUACUAACUCAGUGAAAAUCUGUGGAAAAGUUUCUUACAUAAUAAAUAUGAUUAGGCAGUUUUACUGGAAGGGCAUUUCUCCAAAGGCUUUGGAAAUGUUAUUUUCAGUUUAUGGUAUUGAGCAAUAUAUUUCAUGGUUUAUGUUCAAUUGUAGUAAAAUUACUUUUUAUUUUUUAAUAUGAUUUUCCCUUUUAUUUUUUUCUUUCAUAUAUUGUAACCCAGAUGAAACGUUUAAUCUUUUGUUAAAGUGAAAACUAUAGGGUGUAUAUAAAUAAGGGUGUUGUUUGGAGAUAAAAUUGUGUGACAUGAAAAUGUACAUAAGACAAUAGCGGGUAUAAACUAGGUUCUCUAUAAACAUGAAAAAAGGGUAUCCCUGUGAGUCUUUAGUUCAGUGAAUGUACUGGGAUGAUACGUUAGAAAUACUGGAAAAC